AUUGUUAUCAUUUUGGAAUUAAGUUCGUAAAAUCUAUUUUUUUAGAUUUGCCCUUAUUCCAAAUUUGAUCUAUUUUCAGUUAUUCCAUAUUAUUAUUUUAUAAGUCAUAGUCAAUGAAUUUAUAAAUCCUAAUUAUACGACAAACUUAUUUUCUCCCGUCCACUGAGGAUUUUACACAGUUGCGAACGCAUAGUCGAAUUUUUUAGCGGAUUGUGAAGCCCAGUAAAUAAUAAUCACCAAUCUCGGAUAAGAAAUGGCGAGAGGAAAUGCUAGAGAUCUUGCUCGUGAAAAGAAUCAGAAGAAACAGCAGGAACAAGCUAAAAAAAAAGGAAUUUCUGACAAGGGUUCAAAUCAAGGACUAACGUUGGAACAAAGAAAACAAAGAGAUGCCGAUAGAAUGAGAGAAAAACAACAAAAAAAACAAGAAGAUAAAUGAAUUAUUUAAUGGAUAUUUAUGUCACAGAUGUAUAUUUUAAUGCUAAGCUCAAAAUCAAUUCAAUUUUUACUAUGUAACAUUGUAACCAUCUAUAAAUGUAUAGACUGCUUUUAGUCGUAAUUAUUUUUAUCCUUACAAAGUUUAAACAUGAUAUUCUUUUAUAAAUCACUUUGAUUCUUUUUAAGUAUCUUCGUUACGUUAUAUAAUUCUUGUACACUAAUUAAAUAAUAAUUUUCAAUAAUUACUGUUGAGGUAUGAAAUAAACUCUAGAUCUUGAAACGUAA